GCUGGAAGCGGGUGUCAGUGUCUCCACGUGCAGCCCCUCCCCCUUCCUCUGGUCCCCGCCAGCAGCCGCUACCUCUGCUGCCAUGGAUCCCGGGGAGCUGGAUCGGAUCCUGCGGGAAUUGCUUCUGCCGGACACGGAGCGAAUCCGCCGGGCCACGGAACAGCUCCGGGCCGCCCUCCAAAACCCCAGCGCGGUGCCCGCCUUGUGCGAGCUGAUGGCCCACGCUCCCGAUCCGCAGAUCAGGCAGUUCUCUGCGCUGCUGAUCCGGAGGCGUCUCAACACGCGGUGGCGGCGGCUGGUGGCCACGCAUCGGGAAAGUCUGAAGUCCCUGGUGCUGAGCGCGCUGCAGAAUGAGACUGAACACAGCGUGAGCCUCAGCCUAGCGCAGUUGUCAGCAACCAUUCUGAGGAACGAAGGCCUGGAUGCCUGGCCUCAGUUAAUGCAGCUGCUCCAGCAAAGCACUCGAAGCUCCCACAUCCCUGAAAGGGAGAUGGGACUACUUCUCCUGAGUGUAGUGGUAACCUCACGGCCUGAAGCAUUCCGACCACACCAUCGAGAGCUCCUUAGUCUUCUGAAUGAGACUCUGGGGGAAUCGGCCUCACCUGGACUGCUCUAUUACUCCCUGCGUACUCUGACCACCUUAGCACCCUACCUGGGCCCCAGUGCUUUGCCUCAUGCCAGGACUCUGGUGCCCAAGGUCAUUCUGGCUCUUCAAACAUUAAUCCAAGUAGAUGAGACAAAGGCCUGUGAGGCACUGGAAGCUCUUGAUGAAUUGCUAGAAUCCGAGUUACCAAUCAUCACCCCUUACCUCUCAGAAGUUCUCACUUUCUGUCUGGAGGUGGCUAAAACUGUCACACUUGGGGAUGCAGUUCGAGUGCGGGUUCUCUGCUGUGUCUCUUUCCUGGUCAAACUUAAGAGCAGGGCUGUGCUGAAGCACCGACUCUUGAGCACAAUAUUGCACACUCUCUUCCCCAUCAUGACUGCUGAGCCCCAUCCAGGGCAGCUGGAUCCUGAAGACCAAGAUAUUGACGAGGAAGAGCUGGAAGGAGGGCUGGAGGUGGAAACACCCAAGCAGUUUGCUGUGCAGGUGAUAGACAUACUAGCUCUCCAUCUGGCUCCAGAGAAACUGUUUUCACAGUUGAUGCCAUUGCUGGAUGAAAGCCUUCAUGGAGAAAACCCAUAUCAACGAAAAGCAGGACUUUUGGUGUUGGCUGUGUUGUCUGAUGGUGCUUGUGAUUAUAUCAGACAGAGAUUGCUGACCCCACUGCUGCAGAUUGUGUGCAAGGGUUUGGCUGAUCCUUCCCAGGUGGUGCGCAGUGCUGCUCUAUUUGCAAUGGGCCAAUUCUCAGAAAACCUACAGCCUAAUAUCAGCAGCUACUCUUGUGAUGUGAUGCCCCUGCUUCUGUCAUACCUCCAGUCUGUGCCACCUGGAAAUACUCGACAUCUUGCCAAGGCCUGUUAUGCCCUCGAGAAUUUUGUGGAGAACUUGGGACAAGAUGUGGAACCAUACCUCCAAGAGCUAAUGGAGCGGAUGUUACAGCCCCUUAGAGAACCUGCCAGCCCCCGAGCCAAGGAGUUGGCUGUGAGCGCGAUAGGGGCCAUCGCCAGUGCGGCCCAAAGCUCCCUGAUACCUUACUUCCCCACUAUCAUGGAACACCUCCGGGAAUACCUGUUGACUGGGCGUGAGGACCUUCGAUCUGUGCAAAUCCAGAGUCUUGAAACUCUUGGAACUCUGGCUCGAGCAGUGGGAGAACCCAUGAAGCCAUUGGCUGAGGAGUGUUUCAACCUGGGACUGCGCCUCUGUGACCAAGUGGAUGAUCCUGACAUGCGUCGAUGCACGUAUAGUCUGUUUGCAGCAUUGUCAGGACUGAUUGGUGAGGGACUGGCUCCCCACUUACCAAAAAUCACCACACUUAUGAUGUCAUCACUGCGCUCAACUGAGGGCAUUGUGCCUCUCUAUGACACAAGCACUCCCUUCCUGCUUUUUGAUGAGUCUGAGGAAGAAGAGGAAGAUGAGGAAGAGCUGAUGGAUGAAGAUACUGAGGAAGAGGAGGAGGACUCUGAUAUUUCAGGGUAUAAUGUAGAGAAUGCUUUCUUCGAUGAGAAGGAAGACACCUGCACUGCCCUGGGAGAGAUUUCUGUAAAUGCCAGCAUAGCCUUCCUUCCAUACAUGGAAACUGCCUUUGAGGAAGUGUUCAAACUAUUGGAGUGUCCCCACAUAAAUGUCCGGAAGUCAGCUUAUGAAAACUUGGGCCGGUUUUGCCAUUCUCUGUACAAGGUUUCCCAGCUUAUCCCCUCAGAGCAGAACACCUUUGUAUUACAGACAGCCCUGGGCCGGAUGAUCCCGGCCUAUCUGCAAGCGGUGAACAUGGAACGUGAGCGACUGGUGGUCAUGGCUGUGCUGGAGGCUCUGAACAACGUUCUCCGGAACUGUGGAUCGUCUGUGCUCCAGCCUCCCAGCCGAUUGUCAGAGAUCUGCACUGUUAUCAAAGCUGUGCUACAGAAGAAGAUAGCCUGUCAGGACCCGGAAGAGGAAGAAGAAGAUGAGAUAGAACAGGCAGAGUACGACGCCAUGCUGCUGGAGCAUGCAGGAGAAAUCAUUCCAACUUUGGCAAGUGCCUCGGGAGGAGAGACCUUCGCCCCCUUCUUUGCUGGUUUCUUACCUCUGCUGCUCCGGAAGGCAAAGCCAAGCUGCUCCGUGGCUGAGAAGUCAUUUGCAGUGGGAACCCUGGCAGAGGCCAUGCAAGGCCUGGGGCCCUCUUCAGCCCAGUUUGUGUCACGGCUGCUACCGGUAUUGCUGGGAGCUGGCCGAGAUUCAGAUGCUGAGGUUCGAAGCAAUGCAGUCUUUGGGCUGGGCGUGCUGAUGGAGCAUGGGGGCCGCCCUGCCCUCGAGCAAUGCCAUAAGAUUCUGGAGUUUCUGUCAUCACUCAUUACCCGGGAAUGCCAGAACCGUGUUCGUGACAAUAUUUGUGGGGCCUUUGCACGCUUAAUGAUGGCUAACCCCACAGGAAAGCCCCAGAAACAGGUGCUGACCACACUGUUCCAUGCAUUACCACUGAAGGAGGACUUGGAAGAAUGGAUUACUAUGGGGAAAUUUUUCAAUUUCCUUUAUCAGAGCUUCCCUGAGCAGGUAGUUGAAGUGGCUCCUGAGAUCCUUAAACUAUGCAGUAUUACUCUAAGUGCCAGCAAAGUCCCACAGGAAACCAAGGCUGCCUUGCUGCUGCUCCUGACUCAUUUGGCCCAGCAGCACAGAGACAAAUUCCAGGAAGCAAUGUGCUCCCUGUCCCCUGACAAAGCCCAAGAACUUCAGGCUGCGCUCAGCCCUACCUAGGGCCUGGAAAGUGACCUCCUGGAUCAGAAAGGGAAAGCUGCCCUUCCCAGGGGGAACUGUUUACUGCCUUGGCUCCAUCUGGGUGCCUGCCAAAGAUCCCCAUCCCCAGGACAGUGGCCUUGUGGGAGCCAUCCCUGGGGCUGGUUCUGUUACUGUAUUGGACUUUACGGACAAGGGUUUGACUUCUGAUUUGAAUAAAAUCCAUUUAUUUUGGA